GCUUACAUGAUUGUCGAUGAGAUGCAUGAAGAACAUCCCGAACUAUUGCGUGAUCAGUAUUGGGAAUGUGUGGUACCGAAAGAUUUACCCUAUACAGUAGCUUCCGAGCAUUAUCGCAAAGAUGAGCCAAAGGGUUCAGCGGAAAAUUAUAAAGUUAAAAAAGAAGAUGCCAUGUAUGCGAAUAUUGUACCGGGUGGUGGUAAACGUGUUAUAUCCGAUGAUGUUUAUGCUGAUUAUGAGAGUGUUGACACCCCCAUGGUAGAAAGACGCAAGAAAAUGUGGUUUGUUCGUCAACUUUCUCGCAUGGGUUCGAUGCGCAGUCAAUCUACCGCUUACUCAUCGGGCGGUAUUGCUUUUAAUCGCAAUCGUUUAAAUUCUGUUUACUCCAGUCCCGAGUCAGGUUUACCCAUGAGUAUUGUUCAACAACAGCAGCUGCAACAACAACAGCAGCAACAAAAUUCUCAACAGCAUCAGCAGCAACCAUUGCAGUCAAAGCCUAGCUUUUAUGAUAAAUUUGUGCAUCGCAAGUCUUUGCGUGCACAUCGACAGCUAAUAAAACAAAGUAAGUGGGGGACGGUUUUAUAUGAACCCAAUUUAAUAAAAUUGGUUUCUGUCUAGUUAAAGGUUAUGGUA